CACCUACAAGUAGCAUGGUGACACAAGGCCAAUGUUGUAGAAGAAGAGCCGAGUAGACUAAGUAUGAUACCAAUCCCGUUAUCAGAUAUUCUAUAAUGCUUAUUAGGAGGUUCUAUUCGCACUUACCAUCAACUGGAGGCAAUGUUUUAACUGCUAAAGAAAUUCGUAGAAUCUUUAUUAAUUACUUCCAAUCAAAGGGCCACACCUUUGUGCCAUCGUCCUCAACCCUACCACACAACGACCAAACACUGUCCUUUACCAAUGCUGGCAUGAAUCAAUUUAAACCAAUUUUUCAAGGCACUAUUGAUCCUUCGUCUGAUUUUGCUCGUUUAUCCCGUGCUGUGAAUUACCAGAAGUGCAUUCGUGCUGGUGGUAAACACAAUGAUCUUGACGUUGUAGGGAAAGACACUUAUCAUCAUACCUUCUUUGAAAUGCUGGGGAACUGGUCAUUUGGAGACUACUUCAAAAAAGAAGCUAUAGAGAUGGCUUGGUCAUUUCUCACUGAUACUCUUAAUCUCUCAAAGGACAGGCUCUAUGUGACAUACUUUGGAGGAGAUGAGAAGUUGAACUUGCCACCUGAUGAUGAAUGCAGAGGAAUAUGGAUAAACUUGGGAUUGUCUCCAGAGCGUGUCCUUCCAUUCAGUGUGAAUGAUAAUUUCUGGGAGAUGGGGGACACUGGUCCCUGUGGCCCCUGCACUGAGAUACACUAUGAUCGAAUUGGAGGAAGAUUUGCCGCUAAUCUUGUGAACAUGAAUGACCCUGACGUACUGGAACUUUGGAAUAUAGUCAUCAUGCAGUUUAACAGGGAGGCUGAUGGUAGUAUAAAACGGCUUCCAAGGAACUACAUAGACACUGGACUAGGCUUGGAAAGGAUCGUUUCUGUUGUUCAAAAUAAAUUUUCUAAUUAUGACACUGACCUUUUUGUUCCAAUCUUUGAUGCUAUCCAACAAAAAACUGGAUUUAGAGGUUAUGGAGGGAGAGUUGGGGCUGAAGACAUUGAUGGGAUUGACAUGGCAUACAGAGUGGUGGCUGAUCACAUUCGAACUUUAACUGUAGCAAUAUCUGAUGGAGGAAGGCCUGCUACCAGAGGAAGCAAUCAUGUACUCCGGCAGAUAUUAAAGAGAGGUGUCUAUUACUUGACUAACAAAUUGAAUGCAAAGCCUUGCACAUUUGCUUCUCUUGUACCAACAGUUGUGGAUAUACUAGGAGAAGCAUAUCCUGAGUUAACCAAAGAUCCUGAAAGGGUAAUGGACAUUAUUAAUGAAGAAGAGGAGCACUUCCUUAAGAGUCUUUCUAUUGGAAGGAUAAAGUUUGAGGAAGCACUACAAAAGGUGGACAAUAAUAUCCUACCAGGUGAUGUUUUGUGUGACUUGCAUAUUGAUACUGGACUGACUAUUGACCUAAUCCAACUGAUGGCUGAUGAGAGACAAGUGAGAGUUGACAUUGAAGGAUUCAAGAAGGCAAAAGCUCUAAGACAGGAACAUGGUGGUUGGAUUUCAAGGCCUGAAACUUCAGUACAGUUUGAUGUUCAUGCCAUUGACUACUUUACAUCCAAAGGACUUCCCCCAACUGAUGAUAUACCAAAAUAUAAUUAUUCCAGUGAUGAAUUUGGAAAUUAUAGUUUUCCAUCAUGUACAAGUUCCAUUAUUGCUCUGAAGCAAAAUGGUGAAUUUGUUGAUGAAGUUACUUCAGGACAAAGUGUUGGAGUAUUCACUGAUAAAACUUGCUUUUACGCUGAACAAGGUGGACAGGUUUGUGACAAAGGAUUCAUAGUGAAGACUGGAGAAGAGAAAGAGACUAAAUUUAUGGUAAAUGAUGUCCAAGUUGGAGGUGGAUAUGUGAUGCAUGUAGGAACUAGUGAGGGUACACUGAGGGUUGGAGAUACAGUGGAUAUGAUAAUUAAUGGAAAUUCAGUGACAGCAAAUAAGAUUAAGGAAUGUGAAGAAAUAGCACUGGAAAUCAUCAAAGCCAAUCAUCCGGUUUAUGCUAAAGAAGCACCACUACCAAUUGUUAAGGAGAUAAAAGGACUUCGUGUUAUCAAUGCUGAGAUUUAUCCUAACCCAGUCCGUGUGUUAAGUAUUGGUGUACCAGUUGAUAAACUAGUGGAGGAUCCUUCAGGUCCCUGGGGGACUGAAUAUUCAGUUGAAUUUUGCUGUGGAACUCACCUUAAUUUAACUAGUCAUAUUGACUCAUUUGUCAUUGUUUCAGAGGAAGGAUCAGGUGAAGGUUUUAGACGCAUUGUGGCUUUGACUGGUACUGAAGCUAUUAAGGCUCAUGAGCGUGCAGCUGUUGUACAAGAAAGGGUGAGCAAGCUCUGCUCUGAUGUAUUUAGGGACAUUGUAGAAAAGACUAUAACUCCACAAGAAGCCAGAGAACUUAUUGGGAAGGAACUAUUUGUUCUACAAUCUGAUGUGAUAUCUAAAUGGAAGAAAGUUGAGUUACAAAACAAGCUCAAUACAGCAAAGAAAUCAACCAAAAAAGCUAAAAAAGUCAUGCUAAACUUUGCUGCUGAAAAAUGUAAUGGUCAUAUACAAGAACUAGUUGGACAGUUUGAUAAAACUAAUCCUCCUCCAUUUGUUGUAGAAAAACUUGAAAUUAAAGGCUCUUCAAUGGUUAUACGUGCUGCUAUGUAUGAAUUCAAGUCACUAGCUCCAUCAAUACCAGCAGUGCUGCUAAGUGUGGAUCACGAAAAUGAUAAAUUCAUUUGUGUAGCAUCUGUACCAGAAGGUGCUGUAGCUAAAGGUUUGAAGGCCAAUGAAUGGUUACAGUCAAUUUCAAGCACUAUAGAUGGUAAAGCAGGUGGAAAUGAGAAUUCUGCGUCAAUCUCUGGAACUAAUUUUGACAAAUUGUCUAAUGCAGUUGAUGUUGCUAAACAAUAUGCACAAGAAUUCUUUAGUUGCGACAUAGGAUAAAUUAGAUCUAGAUCUUCAUAAUAAUAAUCAUUUUGUGGGAAAGGGCGUGCCUUGCUUGAUCAUUAUCAACAUCGUAGAUAUUAUUAGAGUUAAAAAGAAAUGUUUCCUUUUAACUCUGAUAUCUAUGUCAACAUGAAGCUCAACACCAAGAAGAUUGCUCUGUAUCGGGCGAUUUUGGGGCUACUUUUUUUUCCCUGCUGCUUGUCUCAUUAUGUUUUGGAGAUAAGAGCCGUGAGAUACCAAAACCCAACUGACGAAGACUACAAUGGUGGAUCCUGUGACACAAUAUUAUUUCCAAACUGCGAUGUUUACUUUUAUUUUUGCAUCAGAAAUAUCCAUCUGAGCCCAUCAAAUACCCAUAACUGUUGGGACUCCAUUACAACUUCAUCUUCGUUUGAAGAUACCGAUAGGUUAUUUCCAACAACAGGUCAACUUUACCAAGGAGCUAAUACUCAAAAUCCGUUAACAUUCACAAGCCACAAUGCAUGGCCAGGCUCAUUUCAGUUAUUAGUGUCUAGCAUCGACGAUGAUAUUAACAGUGAUGAUUUGAUUGAUCGCAAUGCAUUCAAUCUCAAUAUUACUCCAACAGAUAGCUGGUCCAGCCUCAUCACAACUAGUGGGCAUUACAACAAAGUGACAUUUACAAUACAAGUUCAAUUAUCAUGCAUUACUGGAUGGACUGGGAAUGAUUGUGAACAGUGCAUACCAAGAGCAGGCUGUUCUUCAAUCAAUGGAAGAUGUACACUGCCAGGGGAGUGCAUUUGUGAUAAUGGAUACACUGGAAGUAAUUGCACUCAACCUAUAGCUGCUACAACUACAAGUUCCUCCAUAACAUCAUCUACAACUAAGUAUAUACCAUCUAAUACAAAUAUCGCUACACCCACACCAUUUAGCAGUGCAGCAGCAACAAUUUUUCCAUCUAGUAGCACAUUGACACCUUCAACUAACCCUCAAUCUGAUGAAAGCAAUGUAGUUACAAUAGCUGGAGGAGCAGCAGCUUGUGGAGUUGUUAUUCUCCUUAUCAUUGUGCUUGUUAUCAUUGUUAGCUACUGUGUUAUUAAAUCUAAAAAUAAAG